AAUGAGAAAUGAAUAACUUUCACUGCAAAAUAAGCUUUCUGUGUGGCUUUUGGCUAUUGCUUUAAAUGCUUUGCCACUGUUAUGUCAACGGUUUCUAUUCUUUUCUUUCCAACUCAGACUUUGAAGGAUACGACAAUAGCUUCAGCCGAGGAAAGACAGGACAUAGUUGAAUUAAUCCUUUGCUCCUUGACAUGAAUUCAUUCACAUCGUCUUCGCCAUCAGCAUCUACUGUAGCCUAUCCACAGUACCAGAAAGAACAACAACAACAACAACAGCAGCAACAGCAACAGCAGCAACUACAGCAGCAACAGCAGCAACUACAACUGCAACAGCAGCAACCACAACUACAACAGCAACCACAACAACAACUACAACUACAACAACAGCAGCAACUACAGCUACAGCAGCAACUACAGCUACAGCAGCAACUACAGCAGCAGCAGCAACUACAGCAGCAGCAGCAGCAAUUACAGCAACAGCUCCGACAUAUACCAUUACAAAAGCUAUAUGAACUACACAGGCUAUUACAGCAACAGCAGCGACAACAGUCACCACAGCAACAGCAACAGCAACAGCAACAGCAACAGCAACAGCAACAGCAACAGCAACAGCAGCAACAGCAACAGCAACAGCAACAGCAACAGCAGCAACAGCAACAGCAACAAGAACUGGCAGUACUAGGAGUACUGGAACACUUACGACAAAAAUCAAAACAACAAGAACAACAGGGGCAACAACAGCCACCGAUAUUGCAAAAUUUACAACAUGAGCAUCAGCAAGGUCAACAGCAAGAUCCACAGCCAGAACUACAACAACAUGUCAAUGGCCUACAGCCAACUCAGUCGUCGAUCCCAAUUCCUCCAAUAUCCACAAGCUCUGAAACACAAGACGUCAUUGAGAUCCAGUUGUGUAUGCGCAGAUCUUUUCGGCAGAAUCGGACUCGCCUUGAUCAAAAGGGUUGCCCUAUCAGGUGGAAGCACAGUCUUAUUACCGAUACAUUCCAGACCCUUGUUUCCCAUAUAAAAAGCCAUGUCGAACGCCUUGGCAAUUGGCAGUGGCGUGAAGAUUCACCUCCUUAUCUUCAGCCAUAUUUUAACUCUUAUCCAAGGUCAUAUCUGGAGUUGACAGAGCAAAACUGUCGAAGACAUUUACAAAUGGCUUGGCUAAGAGAGAUAAGUCGUUUGAAACGUAUAGACGUCGCGGAGUCAAAGGAUCGUGAUUAUCAAGCUUGCGUUAAUAUCCAUGUCUACCUGGAGCCGAAAGAUUCAUCACUACCGACUGCAAUGAUUCCUAGUACCCAUCCCAGCCCAACAAGAAAUGGGAAAUUGGCCUCGAUAUCAACCAUACCAAUAACUGAGGGAGCUAUGCCGGCAAGGACACCGGAUUCAGGGCAUAGUUUGACUAAGGAUCGAUCAAUAAUGCAAGACACCAGACAAGACAAUUCACUUAACACAAUAGCUCCGCCGUCACUUCCACUUCCAUCAACAACAAUGGUACCGGAAAUAACGGCAACAGCACCAAAGCCAGCACCCACCUCAAUAUUACCAUCAACACAAACAACAAUAUCCACAUUGUUGUUACCAUUAUUAUCCUCUUCAUCACUCUAUUCACCAGAAAUGAUGACUCAUCCAUUGAUCACUCCAGAACGAAUUACAGCAGCCAAACGUCUUGUAGAUAUCGAUUACUACCUAUCAGCAAAGGGUAUAAAGAGAAUACCUCCGCAGGAUAAACCCGCAGUACCGGAAGAAAAAAAAGAAUAUCGAGCCGUUAGAGUCAAUUUGAACGGCAGUGAAGUGACUCUAGAUGUGGAGCUAAAUAGUCUCAAGGAUGCAUUGGAUAUCACUGAAACAAAGUGAAAAAGAAAAGAAAAAAAAAUGCAUAGUGUAAAUAAUUCAAAAAUGGAAAAUGGAG